GCCUGUACCGCCACAGUGUACCACUAGAGCAUCGUGUACCUCUAGAUUCAACUGGCUCGCUCUCCCGUCCAGCCAACCCUGUCGCCGCCCCCUCGUCCUCGUCAUCCACACUCCGAUCCUCGCGGCCGACUGCAGCCUGCUCAACAUGGGCGUCGCCAGCCUCACCUCGUUCGUCAAGAAGCACAACCUCGGCACCAUCACCUCGCACCCCUCGCCCGGCAACGACGAGCCCGGCCCGAUCCCGGCCAUCGUCGACGGCCUCGCUUUCGCCUACCACGUCGGCCUCGUCGAGACGUUCGAGGGCGGCGGCUACUCGCGCAUCCGCCACAACGUCCGGCGCUACAUUGAGUACUGGCGCAAGUGCGGUCUCGAGCCAGAGUUCGUGUGGGACGGCCCGUUUGAGCGCGAGAAGCUCGCCACCGUCAUUAGCCGCAGCACCCAGUCGCUCGAGCGCUCCAUCACCUACAUGCGCCUCCCCGACCACCUGCGCACCCACCACAAGUACGAGAGCGCCGCAACUCGGCUCCCGCCGCUCGCCCACCUGUGCAUCUGGUCCGAGCUCGAGCUCCUCGGCGUCGUGAACCACUGCGCCGAGGGCGAGGCAGACUCGCCGACGGCCGAGCUCGCGCAGAGGAAGAACGGCUUCGUCAUCUCGAACGGCGAGUUCCCUCUCGUGCCGCCGAACCAGCCCGUCGUCGAGCUCCAGUUCCGCGUCUUCCAGCCGGCCGUCAUCGCGCGCGCCUUCUCGCUCCCGCCCACCUUCCUCCCGAUCCUCGCCGCCCUCAUCGGCAACGACAUCGCCAACUACAGCGAGUCGCUCCACACGCCGCGGCGAGCCUCGUCGAUCCCGUUCCGCGGCUUCGUCGACCCGCGAGAGCUCCUGCGCAUCGCGGGGCUCCUGUCGAGGUGCGCGCGCAUGCCCGUCGACACGCUCGCCCAGGUCCAGGACGUCGUCUUUGCCGUCCUGCCCCUCCUCCUCGCGGGCCGCGCCGUGCCCCUCGACCCGCUCAUGGGCGCCAACCUGGCCCUGUCGGCCCACUCGUACGCCCUGCGGCCGCUCGAGGCCCCCUCGCCGACGUUCCCUCUCCACCCUCGGCCGGGCGUCGACUCGCCGACGCAGGCGCGCGCUCGCGCCGCGUACCACGCCGCGUUCAAGCAGUCGCACCUGUCGUCGUUCCACCCGCACGUGCUCAAGCACGGCGUCGUCAUGUGCCAAGGGUCGGUCGAGGUGCCCGACUUCCAGUCGCCCAUGGUGCGCCUCGCGCGCCCGCUCCGCCGGUGGGUGUACGCUAUCCUGCGCGACGCCGUCGGGCUCCUCGGCGACGACGUCGUCGAGUAUGUCCGGCGCAACGACGCGCUGCACGCCGCGACCGUGCCCGUCGUGCCGCUCGGCGCGCUGCUCGCCGACGAGCGCGGCGUCGACCCGGCGACCUGGGCCGCGCACUCGCCCAUCGCGCUCGCGCCCCUCGCCGUGCGCCAGUCGUUCUUUCUCGUCGCGCUCGGGUACCCGGGAGCCGGACCGGGCGCGGGCGCGGGCGCCGACGCCGCUGCGUGGCCCGCACGCGGCACCGUCGCGCAGCAGCUCCUCCCGCUCGUCGUCGCCCUGCGGCACCUCGUCGCGCUCCUCCCUGCCGCGCAAGCCUGGUCCCGCCACGAGGUGCGCUGCGCUCUCGUCGUCGGCGCCUGGCUCGCCCUCGCGCCCGAGGCCGUCCCCGCGCUCCUGCGCUCCUCUGCCGUGCGCGCCGCGAGCGCCUCGGGCGCCGCGCCGCGCCGCGACCUGAUCCAGCACUCGGUCGAGCUCGUGCACACGCUCGUGGGCGUCAACCUCGUCGCGCAGGCGCUCUUGCUCGACCACCCGCCGGACGGGCGGGUCGAGGACGGCGUGCGCAGCCCGCACUGGGUCGUCGAUGGGCGCGUGACGCACGUCCUGUGGGGCAUGGGCGAGGACGAGGUGAAGAGGGUGAUCGAGGGCGGGCCGGCGGACGUCAGGAGGGCGGUCGAGGAGCUCGAGGGGCGGGUCUGGGAGGGGCUCGAGGGCGCGGGGGACGAGGUGCGAGGGAUGUAGCUUUCCUUGCACCCUCUCUCUUUCGCCUUUC